CAUUCUCAAUACUCUAAGCCUAAUAAACCCACCUUUACACUUUUACACACAUCCAUUUUAUUCUUUAAACAAAAGCAUCCACCUUCAUCACACAUCCCUAAAGCAAGAAGAAAAAAAAGAGGUCUUCAAAUGAAGGUAAAUCGAAAUCCUUUUCUUUCCAUGUUCAUAAAGCAGAUCCACUUCCAUCAACCCAUCACAUACCUUUCCCUUGCUUAUAAACCAUUUUCUUCUUUGUCCCCAAGUUUGGCAUCCCUUCAACUCCUUCUUCAUUAAGAAAAUCAACACACUCAUUCACUCCUUAUAAGCCCUCCUUUACUUUCAGCCACUUCCAAUCCAAUCUUCAAUUCUCUCCCUUUCACUGAUCCUAUUCUCAGAAACUUGAAGAGGGAUUCCACUAGUUCAAAUUCAAAACAUACCUCCUUUUGUGGAUAGAGAUGAGUGCGGACUGGGGACCAGUUGUGGUGGCGGUGGCGCUGUUCAUUCUCCUGUCACCAGGGCUGCUUUUUCAGUUGCCGGCGAGAAUCAGGGUGGUGGAAUUUGGGAAUAUGAACACCAGUGGGAUUGCCAUUUUGGUACACGCCAUCAUAUUCUUCUGCAUACUCACUAUAUUGAUCAUCGCAAUUGGUAUUCACAUACAUGUUUAGCAAUUUGAUCAUCUGCUUUGGCUACCUUCGGCAAAUGAAUUGCUUCCUUUUUCUUUUUCUCCCUUUUCACUAGGAUUUUAGCAUACUUCUGCUCCAUUUCUUGUUUUCUUCUUCCCUUUGAACAAUAACUUAUUAUAUUGUAAUAUGUCUAAAUGUAACCUAUAAUUUCCAUUCUUUUUGGGGUUAAUAAGAAAGG